UAGGAGAGCGGAUAUAGUGAAUGCAGGGUCCAGGGAGACCAGAUAUGGUGAAUGCAGGGUCCUCGGGGAGACCAAAUAUAGUGAAUGCAGAGUCCUGGGAGACCAGAUAUAGUGAAUGCAGGGUCCGGGGAGACCAGAUAUAGUGAAUGCAGGGGCCGGGGAGACCAGAUAUAGUGAAUGCAGGGUCCUGGGAGAGCCAAUAUAGUGAAUUCAGGGUCCGGGGAGACCAGAUAUAGUGAAUGCAGGGUCCAGGGAGACCAGAUAUAGUGAAUGCAGGGU